GUACGUCUCUCAACCACCCGAAAACCUUUCUGAGGAUAAAUCUAAUAGUAGUACUGAUGCUACUACCGCGAAUAUCCUUGCGCGGCUACAUGCCUUGGAGGAUAUAGUUCUCCAGAAGAACAAACAAAUAUCCACACCAGACUCCAAUCCGAUUCCUAAUGACUUACUGGCACAGUCACGAAGCAUUUGGGGUGAACAAAAUGCCGCAGAUGAUGCUCGAUGGCUACAGCUGGAGUGUUCCAUUCAGCAAAUUGUGUCAUUGAACCCGAUAGGGCUAUAUUCAAGGAGCGUCCUAUUGGUCAGAUAAACGAAGGUGUAUCUAUAAUGGUACAAAGCUCUCUGACUGUACCAAGUGAGGAUAUCACGAAGUGCUUCUGGGUUCCCCUAUACCAGGAAUCGAGGUGUCUUGUUGAGAAAUAUGUUGAGGACCUCACAUACCUCGUUCAUAUCAUCCACAUUCCGACUAUGAGAGCGACCGUGGACCAGUUAUAUCGGGACAUCCAUGUGCAGAAGCGUCCAAACCCUUCGCAUGUCGCACUACUUUCGAGCAUCAUCGCAAACACCCUCCACUCGUGGACCCGUCAAGACUCAGAAAAAUGGCUAUCCUUACCAGUGGACGGUGCUAAUAAAGGCGCUUUUAUGUGGCUGAAAUCCACGCUUGACCUGCUAGACUAUGCUUCUCAAACGUCUGGUGACGCCUUAGAGGGAAUCCAGGCCAGGAUUAUCGUGUCCAGUCUCAUCUGCAACCUUGAAGGUGUUUCGCCGAGAUACAGGAGCUUGCUCAUGACCGCCAUCGCCAGUGCACGAGAGCUAACCCUCCAUAGAAUUGAUUACCAAGAUGAUUCUACCAAUAUGGAUAGGCGUACUACUAGUGGCACAGUUGAGGCCGAGAUAGUCAGAAGAAUCUGGUGGUAUCUGACUGCCACCGACUGGGUUCUUUCUCACUGGGAAGGUCCUCUAAAGGGCACCUACACAGUCAACCCCCGCCAUAUGCUGGUAAGGAAGCCAAGUAAUAUUGAUGAUGCCGACCUCUGUCACGGCACGCCUAUCGUCGAACGGCCUAUGGAAUAUCCAACAUAUGUUUCCUACACACUUCAACGGAUUCGACUCGGUGAACUCUGCCGAGAAUUCACUGACCGAACCUCAAUCUUUGGCUCUGAAAAGCUCAAUUACGAUAUAGUGCUAGAAUACGACAAAAAGACCCACGAUUAUAUCAAAGGCUUCCCGACCUUCUUUCAACUUGAGGGUGGCUCGUUGCAAGAUAUAGAAAAGAUAAAUCCCAAAGUCGCCCCGGGAAUUCUAACCCAGAGAUAUAUCCUCAACACACUUACCUAUGCCCAUCGAUGCAGGCUGCAUCUACCAUAUUUUGCCAUGGGAUCUGUCAAUCCAAGCUACGCCUUCUCACGAAAAGUCUGCUUGGAAGCUGCGAGAGCUGUCAUCCGCGCCGAGCGGAUACUUGAAAAAGAAUCAAUAUUAUUCGUGCGUACCCGGUUUCGGUUUGCCGGCUCAAUGCACUGUCUAAGCAUCGCUAUCAUUGUCUUCGUCCUGGAUGUAUGCCUUUACAAGAAUGAAGGGCAUGAAGAAGAACGCAAGAGAGAAGCCGCUGAAGCCUGCGCUAUCUUGCAAAAUGCAAAGAAUGACUCGUCUAUUGCUGCGAGACUUCUGAACUCGUUUAUGCAAGUCAUUCAAAAACAUAAAGUCUCGAUCAAUGGGAUGAAUAAUGCCAGCACGGAUGAAGGGGCAAAUGUCAUCUCGACUCCUGAUCUAGGCUCCAUUACUACGGAGGCAGCGGGCGCUCCAGGUAGUCCCAGUUAUGGGUUUCCUGGUUUGGUCGCUGAAGAAAGUCUCCUCAAUCCACAGUCUUCAUAUUGGGCCGGGAUUACGCAAACCUUUGACAGUAGGACAGAAACGAUUGACUGGAAUGCUCUCUUCUUCGACCUGGAAGCUCAGAGCCUUGAUGGGGGAUCCUUACUCUGA